AUGCUCCUGCAGUUACAGAAGAGAAGACCAUCUACUUCGGGUAAUAUCAGCCAGCCUGUGUGUUAUAGGUGUGGUUGGUCUGGUCAUAUUAGCCAGAAUUGUCGAAUAACAAAUCCCCAACCUAAUUUCCCCCCUAAUUCAGUUCCACAAAACCAGCUAAACCUACCUCCGGUUCAAGCCCCUGUUAAUCCUCCUUUCUAUCCACCACUAUCUGUGCCUGUAAAUCUAGGACCUAACAAUGCACCUGAGAAUCGGCAGCAAGAAACUCUUCAGGCUUUAUUAGCUUUGGCCGCUAGUCUAAAUCCCUCCGUGGAAGAAGCAGAUAAAGAAGAAAAGGUUGACAACUUCCCUGAUCCGGCAAUAGACCUCCCUGUAACAGUUAUGGACUCCCCUGUUGUUCCCGCCAAGGUUGUAGCUGCGAAGCCUAAACGUAUCAUUCAUGAAAAUGAAACCCCUAAUCGCUUACCUUUACCUAGCCCUCCCAAUACCCCAAUUUUGGAUUUCUCCAUCAACGUACAUUAUACCCUUCUUAACUCACCCCUCCUACCUCUAUCCCCUAAUAAUAAAGACGAUGAUAUCCCUCCCGUAAACACGCUAGCAUCUCAUACAAGCGGCUCUAUUUCCCCCUUGCUCAACGUUCAUGACCCCUUACCUUCUACCUCUUCAGUUCAGCCCUCUAGGGAUUGUCAAUGUAGAGAAAUUCUUGUUCCUCUCCCUAAUUUAGAUAAUCUAUCCCCAUUAGUUUAUUAUGACCCUGACUCGGAUAGUUCUAGUGAAGAUGAUAAAGAGGAUGAUUUUGACUCCGAUGCUAAUGAUGAGAUCGACGAAGAAAACCGAAGGCCGAAAAUAAAGAAAGGAAAGAAUAAACCUGUUAAUGUCAAAUGUUAUUAUGAUGAAGCGAAAAAUGCUUACCUUAAGGAAGAAACUGUUAAGCCUGACCCCCGUGGAGGUAUUGUAGAUGCCACUGCCAUUGAAUCCCCCGUUAGUGAUCUCUUUGAUUACUAUUAUAAAGAAUGGCAGACCCUUAUAAAAUCAGAA